UCAAGGUGAAUUCUAUAUCCUAGUUAAUAUCACACGCGGAAUAACCAAAAUUCCAAUUGUAUGUUGUAUCCAACAUUUGGAGAAUCUGAGGAUUAAAAGUCAAGUAUUCGAAGAGAAGAAGAAAGCCAAAAAAAUUUGGUAAAGACAGCUUUUCAUAUUCUUGUUGUUUAUAUCCCAAAACAAAGUCUUUUAAUCACUGCCUAUCAUUUGAUCAUUUUCCCUAUUAAUCUGUGAAUCUAGAAAUUCUUAUUUUCUUCUUCUUCAUUAAAAAAAAAAACAAAUAUUCAAUCAAUCGUGGGCGAGAAAAAGAAAAGAGAAUAUAAAAAAAAUUGACUUUUGUGUGUAGUUUUUCUCACAUUAUUUAUUCUUAUGGGAUUUUUGUAUAUUCUUGAAAAAAAUUGAUAAAAAGGACGUGUUGAGCAGUUACCACUUUCUUUUCUCUCUCUUGAUUUUCCCUGUGUUUUAAAGUUCUUCAAAGUUUCUCAUUUUUUUCUCGGUAACCUGUAAUUUCGAGUGUCUCUCGGGAACAGAGUUUUUUUUGCUCUCUUUCAUUACUUCUUCUUCCACACAAUUAUACACGCGUCUCUGCUUUCAUCUUCUUGCUGUCAAUGAGAUCCGAGUUGUAGGUCUUUUCACAUUUCUAUCUAUCUUUCUAUCUCUCUGGAAGAAAAAAAAUGGCACCGAAGUUUGAUUGGUGGGCCAAAGGGAACCAUCGUAAAGGUACACCGGUCGUCGUCAAAAUGGAAAACCCUAACAACUGGUCAAUGGUGGAAAUCGAAUCACCGGCGGAGCAAGAUUUUCUCGUCGAAGGUCGGCGUGAGAAAUCUCGGAACAAGAACGCGAGACAGCUCACUUGGGUCCUCCUCCUUAAAGCCCACCGUGCCGCAGGGUGUCUCACUUCCCUCGGCUCCGCAUUAAUCGCUCUCGGAACCGCUGUACGCCGUCGUAUCGCCGUCGGCCGUACAGACACUGAGAUCUCAUCUCCUUCGCCGGCUAUUACCAAAUCGAAGUCGAGGUUCUUCUAUUUGUGCUUGAAACUGUUUCUAUGGCUUUCGCUAAUGCUCCUAGCUUUUGAAGCUGCUGCGUAUUUCAAAGAAUGGCAUUUCGAAACACCAAAGCUUCAGCUUCAAUUUGGUAUCAGAGGAUUUUUUGAUUCGGUAUAUACUUUCUGGGUUUUGCUUCGUGUUGAGUAUCUGGCUCCUCCGCUUCAAUUUCUCGCUAAUGCUUGCAUCGUCCUCUUCCUUAUACAAAGCCUAGACAGACUCAUUCUCUGCGUAGGUUGUUUCUGGAUCCGGUUUAAGAAAAUCAAACCGGAACCCAAAAUUGCAAUCUCCGAUUUAGAAUCCGGCGAAGAUGGUUUCUUCCUCCCCAUGGUUCUUGUUCAGAUUCCUAUGUGUAACGAGAAAGAGGUUUAUCAGCAAUCAAUUGCGGCUGUGUGUAACUUAGACUGGCCAAGAUCGAAGAUUCUGAUUCAAAUCCUGGAUGAUUCUAAUGAUCCAAUCACGCAGAGUUUGAUCAAAGAAGAGGUUCAUAAAUGGCAGAAGGAAGGUGCACGAAUUGUGUAUCGUCACCGUGUGAAUAGAGAAGGCUACAAAGCUGGAAAUCUCAAGUCUGCGAUGAACUGUAGCUACGUCAAAGACUACGAAUUCGUGGCCAUUUUUGACGCCGAUUUUCAGCCUCUACCAGAUUUCCUUAAAAAGACAAUUCCUCAUUUUAAGGACAAUGAGGAACUAGGACUGGUACAGGCGAGAUGGUCGUUUGUCAAUAAGGAAGAGAACUUGUUGACAAGGUUACAGAACAUUAACUUGGCAUUUCACUUUGAGGUUGAACAGCAAGUGAAUAGUGUGUUCUUGAACUUCUUCGGAUUCAACGGGACGGCUGGUGUGUGGAGGAUCAAGGCUUUGGAAGAUUCUGGUGGUUGGCUCGAGAGAACUACCGUCGAGGAUAUGGACAUUGCUGUUCGUGCUCACCUCCAUGGUUGGAAGUUCAUUUUCUUGAACGACGUCGAGUGCAUUUGCGAAUUACCCGAAUCUUAUGAAGCUUACCGGAAACAGCAACACAGAUGGCAUUCAGGACCUAUGCAACUAUUUCGCCUUUGUUUGCCUGCUGUCAUUAAAUCAAAGAUAAGCAUAGGCAAGAAGUUCAAUUUGAUAUUCCUCUUCUUCCUACUGAGGAAGCUCAUCUUGCCAUUCUACUCAUUCACACUCUUCUGUAUCAUCCUGCCAAUGACGAUGUUUGUGCCUGAGGCUGAGCUUCCUGCUUGGGUUGUCUGCUACAUACCUGCCACAAUGUCGUUCCUCAACAUCCUUCCCGCCCCGAAAUCAUUUCCGUUUAUUGUCCCGUACCUUCUCUUUGAGAACACAAUGUCGGUGACCAAGUUCAACGCGAUGGUCUCGGGUCUGUUUCAGCUGGGAAGUGCAUAUGAAUGGGUUGUUACGAAAAAAUCAGGGCGAUCAUCAGAAGGAGAUCUGGCUGCGUUGGUUGAGAAAGAAGGAAAGAAAACGAAACAUCAGAGAGGUGUGUCUGCACCCGAAACAGACGCUGAGAAGAAAGCUCAAAAGAAGGACAAGAAGAAGAAGCACAAUAGGAUCUAUAUGAAGGAGCUGUCGCUGGCGUUUCUAUUAUUAACCGCAGCCACUCGAAGUCUUUUAUCGGCUCAAGGUAUCCAUUUUUACUUCCUCUUGUUUCAGGGAAUAUCCUUCUUACUGGUGGGUCUAGAUCUAAUUGGAGAGCAAGUUGAAUGACAGUAAAGAAAUUGGCUGGGUCUUAAUAGUUCUUGUAGAGAAACAUUGUAGAAGACAGGAAAGGGUCUGGACCCAAGAAUACAAUUACGUCUGUAUCACAUCACUGAACAUAGAUCAGCUUUCACAGAGGAAGGACAUGGAUAAAAUGUGUUGGUAAUAUGUAAGCUUUCUCUCUCUCUUUUUUUUAUUUUCUCCUCUCUUUUGGGUUUGGUUGGCCACAGUUCUUUAUUCUUUUAAUCAAGGGGACAAUUCUUUUGUAAGAAAGUUUUGUUCGAUUAAGGGAAGGCAAAUCAAUUUAUCUUAAAAGAGACAUUGAGGUGCACUUAUUCUAA